AUGCCUCCCAAGAAGAAAGCUGCCACCACCAACACCCCCGACGAGCCCGGCGGCGCUUUUCGCUGGACUCUGGAGAACGAGCGCAAACUCCUCGUCCUCACUCAAGGCCGCUAUCUCUCGGGCGAAGACUACGAGCGCCUCGUGACCGCUUUUCCAGGCACGAAUCUCAACGGCGUGAGGAUCAAAUGCUCGCGGUUCCGCGUGGAGCAGAGGAAUCUGUAUGAGGAGUUGGGAUGGGCGCUGCCGGAUGGUGGCGCGGUGAAGAAGACGCCGAGUAAGCGUGGUGCAGACGAUCAGGGUGAGGGUACGCCGACGAAGAAACCGCGAGCCAAGAAGGGCAAGGGCAAGAAGGAUGAGGUGGUUAAGAGUGACGAGGGUGAGGGUGACGCUGAGCCCGGAGAUGAGGUUGUUCCUGGUGUGAAGGAGGAGCAGAUUGACGAUGGUGAGGCUUGA